AUGCAAAAGUCGGGCGCAUCUGUCCAGGAACAAACAUGGCAAUCGGCAGCGACCAGCGUCUCCGACCUUCCGACUGGUCGCAACGCAAACUUUGAUGAAGAGGCACCACGAUCGGCUUUCUCGGUCGUCGAAGCGCCCGCCGACUUGUCCACACUCACAACCCAUCUCACGGGCCAUAGUGUCGAUGACACCUUUCCAGAUGGAGGACUGCGCUCAUGGAGUGUGGUCGUUGGCUCAUUCUUUCUUCUCAUGAGUACCUUUGGUGUGAUGAACACCACGGGAAUUCUGCAGAGUUAUCUCACGACUCAUCAAUUGUCGAAGUACUCACCCAGUGCUGUCGGGUGGAUUCCGGGAUUAUUCACAUUCUUUGGCCUGAGCAUCUCCGUCCAGGUCGGUCCGAUGUUCGAUCGAUAUGGGCCGAGGUAUAUCCUCAUGGCUGGAACGGCAUGCUAUAUUGCGGGCCUUCUUCUCAUGGCCGAGAGCUAUCUCUAUUGGCACUUUGUCCUGACUUUGGGUGUGCUCGCUGGAACUGGGACGGCCUUCUUGAGCACAGUCGCAUUAGCCAGUGUGCCUCAAUGGUUCGAUCGCAAAGCAGGUCUUGCGCUUGGUAUUUCGAUGGCCGGCGGAGGUCUUGGUGGUGCCGUCUUCCCAUUCAUGCUGAGAGCUGGCUUCACUAGGUUUGGUUAUAAAUGGACCAUUCGGUUGUUGGCGCUGGUGAUCCUGAUAAUGUGCAGCGUUGGGAUUGUUCUGGUCAAGGCUCGUCUCCCCAAGGGCAGAAGCAAGUCUACGAUCAAUUUGAAGGCUUUCAAGGACGCACGAUUCACCUGGUUGACACUAGGGAUGUUCGGACUUGAGCUCAAUGUCUUCGCUGGCCUUGGUCUUUAUCCGACCUAUGUCGUUAUGCAGGGAUUUUCAACCAACGACAGUGUGUACCUCCUCGCAGUUUUGAGCAUUUGCUCCACGAUCGGUCGCCUAGUUGCUGGAGGUGUCGCCGAUCGCUACGGCAGGAUCAACACCCAGGCUGCUCUCAUCGCCCUAGGCGUCUUUGCAGUGUUUGUGAUCUGGCUGCCCUUCGGAAACACCCUGCCAGGACUGUACAUGUUCUCCAGUAUCUUCGGUCUGGCCUCGGGAUCCUUCUUGAGUCUGGCUCCAGCCUGCAUCGGCCAAAUCUCCAAAGCCAGCGAGGUCGGUGGAAGAUUCGGACUCACAUACUCAAUCGUCAGCAUCGCGACCUUGAUCUGUAUCCCCACCGGCGGGGAGAUGCUCGACAAAGUAGGAAAACGAGCCAUGGUCGCAUAUCUCGGAGGCGUUUUGAUUGUCGCCUUUGGACUGUUUAUUAUGGCCAGAUGGGCCUGUCUGAGCUAUCGGUGGAGAUGGCAUGCCAAGAUCUAA